AUGUCUGAUCAAUCAAACAAACAGUCUACCACAGAACAAUCAGGUCUGCAACAAAACGAUCUGGAGAAGAAAAUUGACAAGGAUUCCAUGUUGGUUGAAAUAGGAGGUGAAAAGGUUCCAUACAAGGAUAUUCGCUGGCCACAUCAUGUUGUCCUUAAACCAGAAUCACACAUGGCAAAACAAGAUCCCUAUAGCUUUCCAAAAGUAGAACCGGAUGCGAAGAAGAGAGAAGAAGAACUUGAGGCCGCUCGUGCCAAAAAUCAUGAACUGAAGUGA